AUGGCAGUCAAAAUCAAAGAUGCUCUUCUUAAUAUUUUAAAAAAUCAUUCGAGCAAUAAGGAAGCAUUCAAUGAUAUUGAAUUUAAAUUGGUACCACGUCCACAAACAUCUUUAACAAUUAACGAUUAUUUAGUUAAUAAACGACCAUCACUUCGUCUUCUAUCCUUACCAGACAACCAAAGUGACGAUAAUAAUAAUAAUAAUGAACCAAUAAAAACGCCAAGUCAAGAUGCUCAAGGUUGUUGGUAUGAAUUACUUUCACCAACACAAGUUUUGACUUGA